AUGACCGCGAUCAACAGCCAGUCGGGCACCCGGAUAAAGCCGGUGGUGGGCCGGGGCGGAUACAUGAAGGACAUCUUCGCCCGGAGAAUGACGAUAAGCGGGAUGGAGAAAGUGUCCUGGAUGUCCGGCGCCUACAAGUCCCACGCUGAAGGCGGUUCGACCCCACGCCCUGGUAACCAUUUGAACACCCCUAGCUACCGCGAUGUGGUGGCCCAAAACGUCACCGUCUCGGCCAUACUCGAUGGGCUCGACAAGGCCCAGUUUACUGGGAUCUGCAUCUCGAAUGUGACCCUGAAUUUGGGCCCAGCGGCCCGGGAGCUGCAAUGGAACUGUACGAAUUUUGCCAGGACGACAAGCCGGGUGACACCGAAGUUGUGCGACGCAUUGACGGGGAAGGCAGGGGAUUGUCCCUUUUCGGAGGAUAAGCUGCCGAUUGAUGAUGUCGUGCUGAAGUCAUGUUCGACUGCCUAA